AAUCCAUUCCCCUGCCUCCCUCCCGGUACUUUCCAAAGAACAAGUGUCGGUGUCGGGUCCGAAGACGAAGAGUCAGAGUGAGGGAACGAGGGAGGGAGAGGGAGACGACAAUGGCUCUCGCCGGCGAGAAGAAAUCCCGUUGGAGUGCCAGAAGCCCUCUCCUCCCCCGAAAGAAUGAGGAAUUCGGAGCGGGUGAAGUGGGUUUCGACGGGGCAUCGUUCUCCGGGGCGGUAUUCAACUUGUCCACGAGCGUGGUUGGGGCGGGAAUCAUGGCGCUGCCGGCGACAGUGAAAGAAUUGGGGCUCUUGCCGGGCUUAGUGAUGAUAAUGCUAGCGGCCAAGUUGACAGAAACAUCGAUUCAGAUGAUAUUGAGAUUCGGGCAGGCAUCUAAGGCAGUAACUUAUUCCGGUUUGGUUGGGGACGCAUUUGGUGGAUCGGGGCGGAAACUCUUGCAGGUGUGCAUUGUCGUCAAUAAUCUGGGCUUGCUGAUAGUCUACAUGAUCAUCAUCGGGGACGUGCUGUCGGGGACAUGGUCCGGCGGUGCGCAUCACACAGGGGUUGUAGAAGGCUGGUUCGGUUGCCAGUGGUGGACCUCCCGCUUCUUCUUACUGCUGCUCACCACUCUCCUUGUUUUAGCUCCCUUGAUCUCCUUCAAGCGCGUCGAUUCGUUGAGAUACACAUCGGCGUUGUCGGUGGCAUUAGCCGUGGUUUUCGUAGCGGUAACAGCAUGGAUUACUGUAGUAAAAUUGAUGAAUGGCAGCAUCACUGGAUUGCCACGCUUGCUGCCUAACAUCGUCGAUGGAUCAUCUUUUUGGAAGCUUUUUACCACCAUCCCCGUGCUCGUCACCGCUUAUAUUUGCCACCACAGUAUCCACCCGAUUGAGAACGAGCUCCAGGACCCCAGCCAGAUAAAAUCCAUUGUCCGAACAUCCCUCGCGCUUUGCACCUGCAUCUAUGUCGCCACCAGCUUCUUUGGAUACCUGCUUUUCGGGGAGCAGACGCUAGAUGAUGUGCUCGCCAAUUUUGAUGCUAACCUCAACAUCCCGUACGGUUCCCUGUUGAGCGACAUGGUGAGGAUUAGCUAUUGUCUCCACCUCAUGCUCGUCUUCCCCGUCAUCUUCUUCUCCUUCCGCCUCAACGUCGAUGGCCUCCUCUUCCCUGGUCCUUGUGCCAUCCCCAUCGUCCAUGACGGCCAGAGGUUCAUCUCCCUCACCGUGGCCCUCAUGAGCAUAGUUUUCCUCGGGGCCAACUUCGUGCCCAACAUCUGGGUUGCCUUUCAGUUCACCGGAGCCACUGCCGCUGUCUCCAUCGCAUUCAUCUUUCCUGCCGCCGUUGCUCUUAGGGAUUGUCAUGGAAUAGCUACAAAGACUGAUACAAGGUUAUCAUGGUUGAUGAUGGUGUUGGCCGUGUCUUCCAGCAUCGUGGCCAUAUCUUGCAAUCUAUACAGCAUAUUUCAUGACGGAGGAGGCAUCCCAAGUUGAGAGAGCGUAGCAAAGCAAGAUUGCAUUAAUUCUCAUCCAGCACCAACUGAGCUGACGGUUCACUGUUCUGCCUCCCCACUCUCUCUCUCUCUCCCUCGCUCGGCAAGGGGAGUAUUUAAGUUACUAACUAUUUAUCGCGGGUAUUAUUUAGUUUAGAACCUUCUAUUCGCGAGUCGGACAAGGUGAUUUCGUGGCGUUUGUCUGUACUGCGUAUUUCUGAGUUCGUAUCGUCUGAACCCGUGGGUUCACAGAAAGCGUGAAUCUGCAAAUCAAAAUCGACUACGAUAGUUAAAAAAAAAAAAAAAAAUGAAAAGUACAUUUUGUAGAUGUCUGAAUAUAAUGGUAAUAUGAAUGACUGAAUGUUGCAACAUCUAAAAAAAA